CGUGUUCCCCCACACUCAUCUACAUCACCGGUGUCCUGUCCAUUUAUUGCUUUCUCCGCAUCUUGAAUUCUACCGAGGAUGACGCUCUUCCGGCGGCAUUUGAUGCCCGAGGAUGCUGGAUACCACGGACAAUCACCCAGCUCGUCGGUACCUAACACUGUACGAGUAGGGUCUCAGGUCCCUUCCACGGGAUCUACAAGGACCUGAUCAGCCCAAAAUUACUUUCGACUGCUUUACCGCAGGUCUUUUCUUGUUCCUAAUCGCUGCAGGUCCGUCCAUCGUGCGCUCACCAGAAAAGCCGAUUCACCAUGCCUAUCUUCAAGUCUUCUCAGCCACCCAUACAGAUGCCAUGGCAUCUCCCGGUGUGGACAUGGCUGUUCGACUCGGAGUACAGUCCUCUCAACAACCACAAGCCCGAAGACAUCAAGGGCUACACGAACGCCGCUACGAAAGAGCACCUUAGUUUCGCCGACCUCAAAACGCACUCGACACACCUAUCCACUGCGCUCGUCAAGAAAUAUGGUCUCAAACAAGGCCAGACCGUCGCCCUCUUCUCCCCGAAUACGGUGUGGUACCCCUGUGCCAUGUUCGGCACGCUGCGCGCAGGAGGCGUCGUCUCCGGUGCGUCGCCAGCAUAUAACGAGGAAGAGAUGACCUAUGCCCUGAAGACUGGUGAAGCCAAGUUUCUCUUUACAGUACCCGGGAGCAUGCAAAUCGCCGCAGCCGCCGCGAAGAACGCAGGGAUCCCACAGGAACACGUGUUCCUGCUGGAAGGCAAGAUGGAGGGAUUCACCACAAUGGCGGAACUGCUGGAGAUUGGCAAAUCCUAUGGCACCUCGGGUCAGAUUGAACAAUUUGAAUUGCCUCCGGGGAAGAAGAACAAGGAUGUCUGUGGGUACCUAUCCUUCAGCAGCGGCACGACAGGUUUACCCAAGGCCGUCAUGAUUGCGCACUCGAACGUGAUCGCCCAAUGCCUCCAGAUCAGGCAGAUUACGCCCGACACACUACGUCGCAUCCUCGCCGUGUUGCCGCUGUUCCACAUCACCGGCCUCGUGCACCAGUUACACCUUCCGGUCCUGCUCAACGCCAACGUCUACAUGCUGCCUGCUUACACCAUGGAGUCGAUGUUGCAGACCGUGCAGGACUAUAAGCUCGAAGAAAUGCUGCUGGUCCCACCUAUCCUGAUCCGCAUGGUGCGCGAGGAGAAGACCCUGAGCAAGUACGACCUGAGGUCACUACGGCGCUUCUCGUCUGGCGCUGCACCGUUGUCCGCAGAGAUUCUUGCGCUGCUCCAGAAACGCUUCCCAGGCACCGGCUUCAAGCAGGGCUACGGCAUGACCGAGUCGUGCUCAUGCAUCACAGCCCACCCACCCGAGUUCUACGAUUACAAGUAUGCCUUUCGGGUAGGCACGAUCUGCGCCUCGACAGAGGUCAAGAUUGUGGACCCGGACUCUGGUAAGGAAUGCGGUCUCAACGAGCCCGGCGAGAUUUGGGCACGUGGGCCGCAGAUCGUCAUGGGCUACCUGAACAACAAGAAGGCCACCGAGGAGACCUUUGACAAAGACGGCUUCCUACACACCGGCGAUAUCGGGACCAUCGACGAGGAAGGCUUGAUCACCAUCACGGACCGGCUGAAGGAGAUGAUCAAGGUCAAAGGCAUUGGUGUUGCGCCUGCCGAGCUGGAAGAUCUCCUCCUCGGACAUCCAGAUGUCGAGGACGUCGCCGUGUUGGGCAUCGCGGACGAGUACUCUGGCGAGCGACCCAAGGCGUACGUGGUUUUGCAAUCGGCGAAGCGCGAUCAGCCUGAAGCUGUUGGGCGAGGCUUGAUCAAGUACGUCCAGGACAAAAAGGUGCGGCACAAGUGGGUCACCGAGGUCGAGAUUGUCCAUGAGAUUCCAAAGUCGCCCAGCGGCAAGAUCCUGCGUCGCGUACUGAGGGACAUGUCCCGGGCUGGCACGAAAGGUCUCGUGGUCAAGGAUGACAGAGCUAGGGCAAGACUUUGAAUGCUAAUCUACAAUACUGUCGGGGUUGUGUUGUGUGAUCUGGAUCUGCUUGCCAACUC